AUGACGGAAGCUCUCCCCCACGGCAUCGUCUUCAACACCCACAGCAUCCGCUCGGAGCUCAACCAUGACUCUCACGUCGAGGUUGAGGAUGUGGCCAGGCUGUGGAGAGUCUAUACGACGAACAAGACCACCCUGGAGAAAGAUGCCGGCAGACGACUGGAGAACCUGUUUUGGAGAAUAUGGAGUAAUGGACGGAUAAGCUGCACCAUACGUGGAUACACCCUGGCCUCACUCUUUAUCCAGAUCUCAGAAGGAGAGUUCACUACCGAAGAGUGGCUCAGGAAGGAAAGAGAGCUUGCCGGGCUUAAACCAAAAGCCAUUCCUCACGGAUUUUACGUUGACAAUUCGCUGCCCAAAUCAUCCUCCUUUCAGGGGCCAAGCAGGAGUAAUAGCUCCAGGCUCACUCCUUCCGGCAGCAGUGUGAAAACUCACCUUCCACCAUCCAUCCUUAAGAAGCCACGGCCGCCCUCGGACGAACAGCUGCCUGACUCGCCCUCCAGGGCAGGCGUCACUGCAUCAUAUUCCGGAGACAGUCUCUACCAACAGUCUGACCGGUCACGCUCUGGCUCGAUCAGGAGAAAGAAGACCACUUUUGCCAGCAAUCUUACUUGCUCACAGGAGAUGGAGCCAGGUUCUCUUCCACGAAAGAUCAACCGGCCUUUCCCCACGCGGACUCUCGAUAGUCCUGCCGAGCCUCGGCCUCAGUCUCCUCCGUCCAAGUUUAGGGGUCCAUUCGACGACAGCCCCGCUCAAUCCCCUAAUUCACGGCCAAACAACCCUGCAGCUUCCAGCCUGUCUAAAAGGCCCCAGUUUAGGUCUCCGUUUGCAACCCAAUCCUCCUCACAGCCUCAACAGAGAGGUUCAUACACACCUCAGGAGGGUAACUUGACAGCAAACAUAAGGAUGGCAUCAACCAUUACCGCUGGAGAUAAAAUGAUGCUGGAAGAGUAUCUCGCAAACUCGCCUGUAGUCAUAGAAGACAGACCACCAUCAGAGCAGCCAUCCACUGCCUCCCUAGUUGAAAAGGGUUUCCGCUCCCGCUUUGUCAAGGAGCAAGUCAAAGUGAAAGAGCAGUAUCACCGCGUUUCUUCCCUCACCAACCUGAUAGACAGCUCCCAGCCUGGAUCAGACCCUAGUCCCAAUCGUUCCUCGACCUCUUCUUCUUCCUCAAAGAAUCCGAAACCAAAAUCAAAGCAUUCGCCCACACCCUCCACUUCUUCCACUCACUCUACCGCUGGUAAUGAUAAUAGUAAUAAUCGGCCGUCUCCUACGAGAGCAUCAACAGCGCCAAACGCACCAUCACCCACCAAUGCCAGUUCAUCGAACAGGCGAUCCAAAAAAUAA